UGCCAAUUCACUUUUUCAUCAUUUUCAUACAAAAUCACCUGUUCUUGUCAUUGAACCACCAAAAAUCCAGUUCAAGGUGGGAGAAAGAGGUUAAGGGUUUCCAUUUUCUGAUCAUUGGGAUUACCUUUCCUCUUUCAUAACACUAUUCAUUUGUUUCUAUGAGGAAGUUGUGUCCUAAUGUUGAUAAAGAAAAUGGGUUAGAUACCGUCCUGGAGGUGCCUAUACCGGAGGAGAUGUUCACCAACAUGGGCAGCAAUGCCGCUGUGCGUUGGCACAAUUUGCGUGCUUUGAUGAAAGCUCAAGGCGUAGAUAAGAAAUCACGUCUCGCGGCUGCAUCGAGCAGCGAGUUCAUGGCGUUGCUAAAGCUUGUUGGUUCUCCUCUCAUCCCCUUUCAAGUCCAACCUGACCAAUCACUUACCCGCCCCAUCAAAAAUUGUUCUAUUGAAGCUUCUACUGCCAAGUAUAUAGUGCAACAAUACAUAGCAGCAAUUGGAGGGCAAGCAGCAUUGAAUUCAGUGAACAGCAUGUAUGCUGUGGGACAAGUAAAGAUGGUUGGGUCGGAAAUGCGGCAGGGUGACGGUAGUGUGCAUGCCAGAGGCAAUUGCGAGGUUGGUGGGUUCGUGCUAUGGCAAAAGAAUCCAGACCUUUGGUACUUGGAAUUGGUUGUUUCUGGUUUAAAGGUUAGUGCAGGGAGCGAUGGCAAGGUGGCCUGGAAUCAAUCCUCCUCUCAACCUUGCCAUGCUAAUAAAGGCCCUCCAAGGCCCCUCCGUCGGUUCUUCCAGGGACUGGAUCCGAGGGUUAUAGCUAACUUGUUCCUAGAUGCGGUAUGCAUUGGAGAGAAAACCAUAAAGGAAGACGAUUGUUUCAUACUCAAGCUUGACACAGCUCCCCACAUUCUUAAAGCGCAAUGUACACCCAACACCGAAAUCGUCCACCACACAGUAUGGGGGUAUUUCAGCCAACGCACAGGGCUUCUCAUCCAAUUUGAGGACACAAAACUGGUGCGAAUGAAGUCAAUUAAAGGGAAUCAUGACAAUGUGUUUUGGGAAACAAGCAUGGAAUCGUUUAUCCAGGAUUACAAGUACAUCGACGGGAUUAAUAUAGCUCAUGCGGGUCGGACUGCUACGACUCUGUACAGGUAUGGAGAGGCAUACAAUCACAAGCGAAAGAUUGAAGAGACUUGGAGGAUUGAAGAGGUUGAUUUCAACAUUUGUGGUCUCUCCAUGGAUUGCUUUUUGCCUCCUGCUGAGCUUAAGAGGGAACAACAGGAUGCAGAGCCAGGUGUUGCAAUGACCUAAUUUUUUUUUCUUUCGUCUUUCAAAAACAAGCAAGUAAAAAAAAAAAACCAGAAGGGGGACGUGUAUAUAUAGGUGAAUUGGGAAUCGGUCAUUCUUUUCGGGUAUAUAUAGUCUUGGAGUAUGCAGUUUCACGUAUUUUUUCUAACACAAGUGGAGACCACUAUUAAAAGUAUAAUUUUUUUUAUGUGAACUCCAAAUUUAUCUAUUUUUUUAAAAAGAAAGUAUGUAGAAACUGCACACUCCAGAACUGUAAAUAUCAUUUCUCUUUCAUUUCCCCACCAUUGAAUGUUGUUACUAAAGGUUUGGGUAAACUGAUACAAAUGAAGGUAAAAUGUUAGGUCUUAAAAAAAAGAAUUAUAAACGAAAAGUUAUAAUAGGCGUGAUUUGAUGUAAAUUAUAAACUGAAAAUUUAUAAAUAUAUGUGAUUUGAUAUGAUACAUCAGAUUUAUCUUAUAAUAAAAAUAACUCCAAUAUACCAUCAUAUUAAGCCA